AAAUGCAGGUCUUUUUUUGUAUUAUCCCUACUACUAAUUAAGCAUGGAGAGUGGGCGCUUGGCGCGUCCAUGCCCCUGCCUCCGUAUCAUUGUCGUCCACACUCGCUUCGCCUACCCAGCAAUAGCGCCAGCACAAUCCCCUCUGCCCGGCCAUGCUCACAACCUUCCCUCGCCAUUGCCCCAGAAUCCCGUAUUCAGCGCCGUUGCCGCACACCAUGUAUCGUCGGCAGAAUCCCCUCCACCCGGACGCCAUCGCCGACCGCAUUCAGCGCCCGCCAUCAGCGUCCGAUUUGGAAACACAGGGUGGAGGGGAUUCUGCCAUUCCAAGACGGAGCCCAACAUCAGCGUAGAUCCAGUCACACCAUCCCUAGGUCCGUUCUUACAUUUUUUCGUGCUUGGUCUGCCAAUUUCGUGCAUGAUCUCCGUCGCCGAUUUGGAAAGCGCACUGUCUGCGACACCGAUUUGGAAAUCGCCUUGCCAAACGAUUCCAACACAAAACUGUUCGUGCACGCCGAUUAAAAAGGCAUGAAGUCGAACUGGCAACUACGGCAGCUCAAGUGCUCAACCAUUACCAGAUGACACUGACGACCUGAUCGAGUAGAUGUUGCAUUAUACUACUUUAUCGAUCUACAUGUCUCGCCAAUGCGUCUUCACAUAAGUUCUCGUGUCCUAAACUUUGGGAUGGUGAAGUUUUUUGUAGCUAACCGUCCUGAUUAGUUGGGUUCCACCAUAUUUGAUGAACUGGCUUCAUUGCAAUGGUUAUUUGCUUAAUUGCUUUGAUUGCCAAAUAAAUUGCACGUUUUCUUUGUGUUUUUGUAUAUCACAAAAUAGUAGGCAUUUAUUGGUGAUAGAUGGAGAUGGCGGUUAUAAAGUCUGAUUCAGUUAUAAAUUACUUCAAAAACAUCAUAUAUAGUGUAA